AUGGCUUCCGCAGGAGAUAUCAUCACUGGCCUGGAAGUCCUGAUAAAACUAUUCCACAAGGUGCAAUCCGCACCCGAGAAAUUGGAAAAGGCCGCAAAGGAAACAAAGCGAAUAAAAAGAUUGGUCGGCAGGCUCAAGAAAAGAAUGUCAAGUCCCAGUUUCGACGCUAGCGAGGAUGCAGCCCAAGAUAUACGAGAAGAGGUGGAUGAACUCGAGGAACAGAUCGAAGCAGCCGACGCGCUACUUCACGAGUACCAAAGGAUCCCUCGGUGGGAGUACAUCAGCCGUUUGGCUUGGAUUUGUUGGAGGUUACCUAGGCUUGAUGGCAUUGCCGAAGGGUUCGACAGGUCUCGACGGAGGAUUGCAGAAUCUAGACUUCUCUAUCCGUCGGACGGCACCAACAUCGAACGCACCACAACGCCUCACAGCACACCGCCGCUGCCCGUCACUCCGUCAAUCAACAGAAGCAGGCACCAGAGUACUAGAGUAAACUGUGGCAUACUCAACUGGGCCACUAGAAACAGCGAGAUUAUACUUGCUGCGGCGCAAGCUCGAGAUGACCGGUCAAAGCAGACGCUGCUGGAUAGUAUCAGCCAAGCCGGCAUUGACGAUGAAGCAGCUGACGGGAGGGUGAAUGAUUUUCUUCGCGCUGUCCAGAAACAGGAGCAAUUCCGAUGGACGGCAUCCGUGCAAUCCGAAAUUCCGCAAGUGCAGCAAGCGGCCCGUUCCGUUGCUGCGCAAUACUUUCUUGAAGUCUUUCGCAAGUUGAUCAUGAACAGCCAGAAACGCUGGCUGUUCGCCCACGUCGAGUCGGCGUCGUGCAGUCAGCCGAGUUCCAUCACCGAUCCCUCCAGCCCAAGUCCAUCGUCAGCCAUGGCCGCUGCGGCCCGCGAAGGCAGCGACGCAGCUGUCCCCGGAGCUCGGCAUGAGCUGGUAGAUUCUAUCCACAGACGCAUAUCCAACCGUACAACCCGGCAUGUAUCGGAGGCAGAUUUUGGCCGCUUUGACCACAUUAUUUGUUUUGAAAAGCUGGAUAAGCUGGUUUUGACCGACCGUAUGAUGCAGCAUAGUGAAAAGCUCGGCACCAAGGCUCGAACAAGCGAUAUUCACUACCUGACGGGCUGCGAAAAAUACUCAGACACAAGAAGCACCAUCCAGGCUCCAUGGGAGCGCCUCAGCUACGAAGUCGGGUUUGCUCUGACCGAGUGGAUUUUUCUGGUUCUGGGCUUGAAAAGGCCUUGCACAACUCCCAAUAUCAAAUGGCAGACCGUCGAGAUGGAAGCCACGAUGACCGAAAGGCAAAACACACGAUGGGAACGGAGUUGGAAGGUCCAGGGAUGCGAGGCGCACUCGGUGGCGCUGGGGGACAAACGGCUUCUUUUUGUCUCCGGACCGCCGGACAAGGUGACUUUGGCAAGCGUCAAGAUUAGGCUAUGUUUUCCAAGUUAG